AUGCUCCUUCUCACCUACAUGCUUGUCGUGGUAUCGAUGGCAACAGGAGGACGCAAGAAACAGAAACGCAUCGUGCAAGUCGCAGAUCGCCUGCACCAAAGCCUCGAAACUGCCUCGAUCCUGGAGUCCAGAACAGAGCUGCCGAUUGCAACUGAGAAAAGAUGCUCAUGGCGGUGUUUCAGCGUGGCACAAUGGGGCGCUAAGGCCUUGGCUCAUAAUCAGCAGGGAAAGUUCCGCUGGAAAGUUGGGACACAACCUCCCAGAUGCAGACAGACUUUCAGCUGCCAGUCGUUUGCUGACCAUGUCGACAUGCUCGUAUUGCUACGUGACGAGAUGUGGUGGGCCUUGGGUAUUGGAAUGAGGCUUCGAGAACGCACCAGCAAACACAGAGAAGGAGGUGCACUAUAUGAUCGCACAUUAGCCUACAGCUCCUGA